UCACUUGGUGCGUCUUCCCCUCAUCUAUGCCCACCCGCUCGUCAACAGGCCGCCCCUACCUCCUGCUUCCGCUCGCAUUGUAGGGUGGUCGAGAGAAAGGAUACCGAAGAGAGAAAAUGGGAGUAGAAAUUGAAACCAUAACUCCAGGCGACGGACGGACAUUUCCGAAGAAGGGGCAGCGCGUCGUGGUGCACUAUGUCGGCACACUGGCAGAUGGGAAAGUGUUUGACUCGUCGCGAUCCCGGGGGAAGCCGUUCAAAUUCAAGAUUGGUCACCAAGAGGUUAUCCGUGGUUGGGAAGAAGGAGUAGCCCAGAUGAGUGUAGGUCAACGGGCGAAGCUGAUUUGCUCACCAGACUUUGCCUACGGCAGCAAAGGGCACCCAGGGAUCAUCCCACCAAACGCCACUCUCACCUUUGAUGUGGAGCUGCUUAGUCUGGAAGCCUGAAACUUGUGCACUCACUUUGUUAAAUUCCACUCAAAUUUUCAGGGUCGACUCCUAUCUCGGGAACAUGGAGGAAAAAUGUUAAGAUGAUUCCUGCUCUUGAUUCCUGCAUAGGACCUAUGUCUAUAGCUUCACUAGUUCACUCUCCUGUCCAUUUAAAUACAUAUUAUAUUGUCACUUGGUUUAAAAUGUUAUCCUUCAUACUUUACUUUAAAUUCCAUACAGUAAUAAGUCAUAGGCCAUCCCAUCCCAUGUAUUUUGUCAAAUUCUGCUAUGUAUUUUUAUGGUGACGUUUUUUUUUUUUUUUUUUUGACUUAAAAUUUUCAAAAUGUGUCUGCCAUCAGGACUAGGUUUUAGAUAAGUGUCAGAAGUAUUCAAUCCAUCUCAUUCCUGUGGCUCUUUGGCCUUUUACACUCAAAUUGUAUUGAUUGCGGGUAAUGAAUUGUCUUGAAUAAAAAUAAGAAUAAAUUGUUGUUUGACACAAUGAUAUUUCUAUGAAUGACCUUUGUGAUACUCGGGAUUUGGCGAAAAAAAGUAUGGAAUACAUUGUAACCAGGGAUUUAUGAAUCAAGCACAUUAUUGCCAUGAAGAGCCCACAGGUCUCUGCAGAUGUAGAUUUUCUUUGUCUAUACUGCAGCAACAAUUCUUAAUUUAUAAGAGUAAAAUGACUUUAUUGCUCUAAUGUUCACAACUGGACAUCAUUUGUCUUGUUGAUUGCUUGUGAAAAGCCAAAAGAAGGUUUUGUGGGGAACAACAUUUGGUCUCCGGUAAAAGGUUUCCAAACUUGCAUGGUAAGUUCCCCCACAGAUUUGUAGGCACAUCUUGGGGAUUUGUGGUUAUCUUUAUUGGAAGGAGUUGUGUGUAACAAGCUGUGGAUGUUGUAAAAGGUCUGUUCCUUACUCUAAACACAUUAAAAGAGUACUUUUAACACAAACUGCUAUGUUUU